CAGAGGAACCGCCGGGGGAAGCCAGCGGGGAAGGUGAACUGCAAGAACAUGAAGCAGGACUGCCCGGUGCCUGCCUGCCCCCGGGCCACGCUGCUGCCCGGGCACUGCUGCCACACCUGCCCUAAAGCCUUGCCAGGACCCCCAGAGAAGAGCCCCGCUGCCCCCUUCGACACCUUUGAGUACUUUCAGGACAAGGAGGAUGACCUGGAGAAGCCCUACAACGACCGUUCCUACCUCAGCUCCGAGGGGCUGGCCCGCACUGAUGCCCGCACAGAGUUUGUGGCCUUGCUGACGAGCGGCCCGGAGCCGUGGCAUCCCACGUCCAGUGCAGUGGCCAAGGCGCGCUUCACCCUCCUGCGCUCCUACUUGCUCUUCUCCAUCAGCUAUGAGCGGCUGGGGCGGCCGAGCCGGGUGCGUUUCAGUGACCCUGAGGGCAACAUCCUGUUUGAACACCCUGUGCAGAAGAGCGCAGCCAACGAGGAUGGCAUGCUCUGCGGGAUGUGGAGGACGGUGUCCAAGGCCAACGUCCAGCUGCUGCGUGGGGAGCAGCUCCGCGUGUCCCUCAUCACCCGGGCACAGCCCUCCGGAGAGGUCCACGGGCACAUCCUCAAGCACCGGGCACUCUUUGCAGAGACGUUUGGGGCCAUCCUGACCUCCUCGGACCCCACGCACCUGGGUGCUGGGGGCAUGGCCAUGCUGACGCUGAGCGACACCGAGAACAACCUGCACUUCAUCCUCAUGGCCCGGGGGCUGCUGGAGCCCGGGGGUGAGGAGUCCCCCUGGGUCCCCCUGUGGGUCCGCAUCCUGCACCAGGGCCAGACACUGCGGGAGAUCCACGCCAACAUCACCCUGGAGGACCCCGACUUUGCGGAGGUGCUGAGUGAGCUGUCGCCCCGUGAGCUGCAGUGGCUGGGGGGGGGGCGGCCCCCGCCCCCCCACAGCGUAGCGGAAACGGGGGGGGACCCCCCGCGCCGGCUGGCGGGCCCCAUCCCCCCCCGCCGCAGCUGUGACACCAUCCAAAGCGUGCUGUGUGGAGCGGACGCCUUGUCACCAACCAAAACGGGGGCUGUGGGCUCAGCCAAGCUGGCACUGCAUGAGAAUGGCACCUUAGAGUACCAGGUACAGGUGGUGGGAACGGCCAGCGAGGUGGUGGGCAUCACGCUGGAGACCAAGCCCCGGCGGAAGAGCAAGAGGAAUGUCCUGUUCGACAUGACACCCAGCUACAAGGAUGGACUGGUGAGCGCUGGGUACCCCAGCGCCCGCGAUGCCCACAUGCUGCUGCAGAAUGAGCUGUUCCUCAACGUGGCCACCAAGGACUGGGCAGAGGGCGAGCUGCGGGGCCAGGUCAUCUCCCUGCCCUACAGCGGGCUGCUCGCCCGCUACACAGAGAUGCCAGUGGCGCUGGCGGGGCAGCUGGUGUCCCCCCCGGUGAGCAGCGGGGCCGGGGGGCAUGCCUGGCUGUCUCUGGAUGAGCACUGCCACCUGCACUACGAGAUUUCGGUGGCAGGGCUGGGCCGCCCCUCUGACGGCACCGUCAGCGCCCACCUCCAUGGAGUGGCCGAACUGGGUGAGAUGGGCACCCGGCCCCACCAGCACAAGCGCCUGCUCAAGGGUUUCUACAGCACUGAGGCUCAGGGGGUGGUGAAGGACCUGGACGCGGAGCUGCUGCAGCACCUGGCCCAGGGCACAGCUUUCCUGCAAGUCAGCACCAAAGCCCACCCGCACGGGGAGAUGCGGGGACGGGUGCACAUCCCCAACCGGUGCUAUGCAGGAGGGAACCGCCUGGCCCCGGGGGAGACUGAGCUCCCUGAGGACUCCAAGAGCAGGGACCUGGAGCAGCUGAAAAAGGACCCCAACUCCUGCUUCUUUGAGGGGCAGCACCGGGCGCAUGGCACCCGCUGGGCCCCGGACUAUGACAAGAAGUGCUCCAUCUGCAGCUGCCAGAAGCGCACAGUGAUCUGCGACCCCAUCCUGUGCCAGCCCCUCAACUGCACCCACCAGGUGCACCCCGAGGAGCUGUGCUGCCCCAUCUGCGAAGAGAAGAAGCCAGGGCAGGAAGAGCUGAAGCUGGAGAGGGCACGGGACAGUAGUGAAGGCUGCUACUUUGAUGGAGACAAGACGUGGCGAGGCUCUGGCACCCGCUGGCACCCGGUCGUGCCCCCCUUCGGCCUCAUCAAAUGUGCCAUUUGCACCUGCAAGGGCACCACAGGCGAGGUGCACUGCGAGAAGGUGCAGUGCCCACGCCUCACCUGCGCCAACCCUGUGCGCGCCAACCCCUCUGACUGCUGCAAGCAGUGCCCAGCCCCUGAAAAGACCAUCCCCGAGCUGGCUGACAGCAUGCAGGCAGAUGGGCCACGGGCGUGCCGUUUCGGGCGCCGCUGGUACCUCAACAACGAGAGCUGGCACCCCUCUGUGCCCCCCUUCGGAGAGAUGAAGUGUAUCCUGUGCUGGUGUGUGUCAGGGGAGACGCACUGCCAGCGCCAGGAGUGCCCGCCAGCCGCCUGCGCCAACCCCGCCAGGAGGGACAACCCCUGCUGUGCCAAGUGCCGUGCUCCGGAUGCCCCCCCGGAUCCACGGGAGAAGGUCCACGAUGCCAGGGCGGAGGCAUGGAGCCACUGA